UCGAACUUAUACCUUCUACGCGACAAGUACAAGUUUCAAUCUGAUAUGUGGUGGACAGUGAUAGGGUUGUUGGGUGGCUUCUUGGGUGCAGUUUAUUUGUUCCUGACAUGGAAUUUUAACAAAUGGAGAAAUUUGGACAUCAAAGGACCCGAGCCGAAAAUACUGUUCGGAAAUCUACCAAGUGUUUUAACACGGAAACGACAUAUUUACUACGAAUAUCAAAAAUUGUAUAAUGACUUCAAAAACGAACCCGUGGUUGGAUAUUUUGCCGUCCGAACGCCUCUAUUGAUGGUUCGAGAUGCAGAACUGAUCAAGGAAGUUCUCAUAAAAGGCUUUCGCUAUUUUGCGGCAAACGAUUUCUCCGAUGUUGUGGAUGAAAAAUCUGACCCACUAUUUUCGAGGAACCCGUUCACUUUGUCCGGUGAGAAAUGGAAGACACGGCGCAUGGAAAUCACACCGGCUUUCACCAACAACCGAAUAAAAGCACUUUCGUUUCUUAUGGAUGAAGUGUGUGUGAAAAUGACAGAAUAUGUUAAGAAAAACAAUACGAAGGCUAUUGAUACAAAGGAGCUUAUGGCGAAAUACACUACCGAUGUCGUUUCCAACUGCGUAUUUGCAAUCGAUGCCCAGUCAUUUUCCAAGGAUAAGCCUGAAAUACGAGAAAUGGGUCGUCGUAUAAUGGAUUUCAACUUCACUGCGCAGUUUAUUUUAAUGGUAACAACUUUUUUUCCAACAGUCAAAAAGUUCUACAAAUUUUCAUUCGUUCCUCGGGAAGUCGAAGAUUUCUUUAUUCGCAUAAUGAAAGACGCCAUUCGCCAUCGUAAGCAGAACAACAUCGUCCGAAACGACUACUUGGACCACCUACUUACGCUACAGGAGAAAAAAGAAAUUUCGGAAAUCGACAUGGCUGGCCAUGGCGUAUCGUUCUUCGAGGACGGGUUUGAGACAUCCAGCCUGGUAAUGGCAUAUUGCCUAUUCGAUUUGGCAACUCACCCUGAAAUACAGAACCGACUAAGAAAGGAAAUCCGAAGCGUUCAAGCUGACAAAGGAGGCAUCAAUUAUGACAGCAUUGGCAAUAUGACCUAUCUCGAUCAAGUUCUGAACGAAUCGCUACGACUUCACCCUGUUGUUCCAGUAAUGGCAAAACGAUGCACAGAGAGCACCGUACUGAUUGGAUCGAAAGGAAAGAAAAUACCUGUGGCAAAAGGAACUUCGGUGGUUGUUCCUUUCUUCGUGCAACUUGAUUCACAAUACUAUGACGAACCUGAUGAAUACAACCCAGAGAGAUUCUCGCCGGAAAAUGGAGGUGGCAAACAGUACAGGGAACAAGGCGUCUACUUCCCGUUCAGCGAAGGGCCCCGAAUGUGUCUAGGAAUGCGGUUUGCUGUUGCCCAGCUGAAGAGGGGAAUUGUGGAGAUAAUAGACAAAUUUGAAGUAUCGCUGAGUUCCAAGACACUGAUUCCAUUCAAAUAUGACCCAAAAUUGUUCAUGUUGUACCCAAUUGGGAGUAUCUGGUUGGAUUAUAAAACCAUCGAAUAAGUAAAUAUUCCAUUUGGUUGUUAUUGUUCUUAAAGACAUUACACGUAUUUCGCGCUUCCAGCAAGAAUUUCUCACUUCGAAGAACAUUGGACUGGAAGGACUGGCAUGCAGGUUGGAAAAGCUCCAUUAAGCUCUCUAUGCGCUGUGUCUCGUACACUUAAAUCACUGUGUAAGAUAUAUGUAUAAAAUCUAGUUGGGACAAAAACAUCACAAAUACUUUUAAACGAAGAUUGCUCAUUUCGAAAGGAGUACUGGUUAAUGGUGAGUUGAUGUUGUACGAAGAAGAAAAAGAAAAACAAACAUAAAGAUGAUAUUGGAAAAAAAAUUUCAAGUGAAGCAUACGUAGAAACUAUAGAAACUCUUCUCAAAAGUUCUAAAAGUUAUUUUGUUAUAAGCGAUUAACAGUAUGCGGAUGGACUUUAUAAUACUGUGUAUGAAGUGUAAUAUCACGAAAUAAAAUUUAAAAUCGAAA